AUCAAUGGAGGAAUAACCCGUCUGAAAAUGUGUCUACUACUGGACCCUGCAAAAUUGAAGAGAAACUUGGUUCAGCAGUAGACAUGUAUUGUGAUGUUGAUUCUUCAAAAUUUAGCUCUAUUUCCUGGUUUCACGAAUUCCGAGGUAAUUGGGUUCCAAUCGUAACGGAAAAUAAUCCAAAAUGGAGACCGACUGUCUAUCUGGCUAAGGGAAACAAAAAAUUGACUCUCCUCAGCACUUACAUUGAUAAUGUUAAUGGUGAGGAGCUUGAUGCUGACUCCCUGUACAAUAAAAACACUAAUGGCCUCUACAGGUGCAAGGCAGUAGCGGAAACUGAACAUGAUUUACAUGAAACACGCACCAUUGAAUUGGAGCUAUAUGAAUGUGCUCGAAGGCAAAAUGUGUUUGUGCAUCUUACGUUGAACAAGGUGCUUACAGACUUGGGUAGGAAUGUAACAAGUUCGUGUGUGGCAGACUAUGGCUGCUACAGUGUUAAACCGUACUCUGCUGACUGGUAUCUGCAACGGGGACCCAACUACACAAAAGUAUCAGAUCUGAAGGGCGGCAGAUACCAUGUGACCUCAAAUGUCAG